GCCAGUUCUUCACAAAAUCAAAAACAGUCGUCUUACUACAAUAUCAACGAAAUCAUCCAAGAUGAGAAAAGUAAUCCUUGCAGCUUUCUUGGUAGUCUGUGUUUGCGCUUAUCCAUCUCCGAACAAGGAAGUCGAUGUUGCCUUUGAAGAAAUCAUCUUCAGAAAUAUCCCAAAUAUCAGAAAACAACUCUCCAACAAACCCAUCACAAUUUCCGACGAAGAAUGGAAAGAUAUUAUCGACAUCUGCAAACCCAGCCAACCUAGUGAUGGUAUCCAAGACAACGUAAAUGCUUGCAUCGAUAAAUUGUUUAGCAUUGUUGAUGGAUUUAUUGCCCAAAAUUUCGAUCCAUUGCCUCUCAAAGACAUGCAUGCAGGAUUCAAUUACACCCUGAUUAUAACCUACCAUGGAGAGCUGGAUCUGACCAAUGGUAAAUUGCUGGGUUUUUCGACACUACAUCGUACUGACGAUGCAAAGUUCGACUUUAAUAUUUUCAACCUAACUGCAACUGUUGGAGUAGGAUUCGGUUUUGACCAACUUGGAUUUACCUAUGACUACAGUGCAAAAAUUAUGAACCUGGGGCCCAAAGGAGGACUUGAGGGCAGUGUGACCGAUCUUGCAAUGAAUCUAGAAGUUGGGUUCGAUUUCAAAAACAAGGCUUUGACUUUGAAAGAUUUCAGCAUCACUAAUUCUGGAAAUAUUACGUUUAAAUUCACUGGACACGCAAUCGUCGACUGGCUGCUCAACUGUUUGACCAAACUGAUCACAAAAUUAAUGAAAGGCUUGAUUUUGGAAGUGAUGGAAGAUGUUGUUGGAGGUGCCAUAGAUGCACUUAUUGACGCAAUUAACAACUACUGGCACAAAACUCCUCUACUCUAUGACGUCUCAGAAUACCACAAAUAUCCCAUUGUCAAAUUUAAUGUCGCUUAAGUAAAAUAAAAUACAAAACUCUAUUUCCAA